AUGGUUCGAAAGAAAACUUAUAUUGGGAAAAGACUAAAGAAUCACAAGAAAAAAUUCCAAGCUUCAGUAGAAAAAAGGCGAGAAGAGAUGCGGGAAAUAAGAAAGAGGCUGAAAGAACAGAAAAACGUGAAAGAGAAACUUGACCAACUAAAUGAGCUUUAUGAAGAGGAAUGUAGAAAACGAAAAAAAGCAGAACGUAUAGCCAAUAAUUACUAUUGGGAAUGGAGAGCAGAGCGAGAAGCCAAAGAUGAGGCCCUUGAAAAUCAAAUCAACAAACCUUCCUCUCUGCCUGAUUCGUUUUACAUUAAAAGCUCGCUUUUACAUUUUGAUGUAGACGGCAAUGGCGAAGAAAUAAUCGGUGCAGGUGUUUUCGGUACAGUCAAGCUUUGUCUUUACAAAGGAAGCAUCGUAGCUGCAAAGUGUUUUGAGGAAUCUGGCGAAGAAACAGUUGCAGCUACAAAACGAUCAAUCCUAAAAGAAGCGAAAGUGCUUUUGAACUUGAAAAGCCAUAACAGCAUCCCCACCCUUCUUGGAGUAUGCUUGGAUGAAGAGCCAAACAAAAUUAUUUUACAAUUGUAUCAGAUUGAAAGAAAGUCUAUCACACUGAAUUUGCUUUGUAAACAACACGAGAAUGCUAUGUUAAGUGAAGGAGAUUGGCACAGUUUAAUUAACGAUUUAGCCAAAGCAAUUAAUCACGUUCACAUGUGUGGCUAUCUACACAAUGACAUUAAAACGGAUAAUGUUGUGAUCUACAAGAGCGCGACACUUUUGUUCCAGUUUUAA